UGCUUUCACAUUUGUCCAUGGGCUGCACAACCACAACUGCGCGUCUUUUUGUGAAAAUACGGCAGCGGGGGGGGGACCGAGGCCGCUGUCGGCGGAAGUUGAAAGAUUGUUUACAUCCGCUUGGAGAUGGGAGGGAAUGCGGGUUUAGGCUGGCGCUGAAAAAUGACGUUGUCUAAAAAACAAGACCGGUCAGGUAGAUUUUGCAAAAGGAGUAUACAGGCCGCCGAGAAGCUAAGAAUUGCAUAACGCCGAGAUUACUGCUGGAAAGCACAGCUUUUCUACACAUUGAAUUUUUGACGAAAAAGCGUGUUGGUACGGACUGGGUCCUGGAGCGUUUGACGAAGGACGGCUGAAACGCACAUAAGGAAAACUUUGAAAAGUAAUAUAUUAACCCGAACUUUUGAAAACACAGCGAGUUUUCCGUUAUUUUUUUUCUCCCGCUGUUUUGUUAAAAAAAAAAAAAAUUAAAGGGCUCAAAGAAGGGCGCUGUGAAAAACAUUUCCCCAUCUUUUCAUCGAUCGCGUCCGGGUUUUCUUCGGAACCGAGCGGCGUGCGUGGCUGUGUUAUGUCCGAGUCGGGUGCGAGCGCCGGUUCUGUCGUGUCGGACCCACAGCACUCCACGAAACUGCUCCGGGCCCUCCGCUCGUUCCGUCAAGAAAAAUGUUUCCAAGACGCAGUUCUGGUCCUCGACGGUGAAGAGAUACCAGUCCAGAAGAACAUCCUGGCAGCUGCUAGCCCGUAUAUCAGGACAAGACUAAACUACAACCCACCGAAAGAAGAUGGUUCCAUUUGUAAGAUUGAACUCCAUGGGAUUUUGGUCUCCGUGAUGAAUGAGAUUCUGGACUACAUCUUCACUGGAGAGAUCCGGCUGGGCGAGGAAACCAUACAGGACAUGGUGCAGGCCGCAGACCUGCUGCUGCUCACCGACCUCAAGGCCCUGUGCUGCGAGUUCCUGGAGGGCUGCAUCGCGGCGGAGAACUGCAUCGGGAUCCGCCAGUUCGCCCUGCACUACUGCCUGCACCACGUGCAUUACGUGGCCACCGAGUUCCUGGAGACCCACUUCCGCGAUGUCAGCAGCACUGAGGAGUUCCGCGAGCUGUCUCCCGAGCGGCUGAAAGAGAUCAUCUCCCUAGAGAAGCUGAAUGUGGGCAAUGAGAAGUACAUCUUUGAAGCUGUGGUCAAAUGGAUAGCCCAUGACCUGGAAGCCAGGAAGGUGUACAUGAAGGAUGUGAUGUCUGAGGUCUGGGUGAAUGGCUUGGACCCCAACUAUGUCCGGGAGCAGAUGCUGAGCGAUCCACUGGUGAGGGAUAUCAUCCGGGAGUGUAACAAUAUUCCCCUGAGCCCACAUCAUGGAGAGGCACUCCUGGCCACCUUCAAGCCCCGCGGAUACUCCGAGUGCAUCAUUACGCUGGGCGGAGAGGACCGGGCGACUCGUAAGCCCUCUGCAGUCAUGCGCUGCAUGUGUCCACUUUAUGACCCAAACCGCCAGCUCUGGAUCGACCUUGAACCAAUGAGCACUGCACGAUACGGCCAUGGGGUGGUAGCAGCAGAGGGAUUCCUGUUCGUGGUAGGAGGGCAGGAUAAAAACAAAGCUUCCCUGAGCUCAGGCGAAAGGUACGAUCCUGACAGCAACAGCUGGAGCCCCAUUCCCCCCAUGAAUGAGCCCAGGCACAACUUUGGAAUAGUAGAGAUUGAUGGCCUGAUCCAUGUCCUUGGUGGCGAGGAUGGGGAGAAAGAGUUGCUCUCCAUGGAAGUGUAUGACAUGCAUGUCAAGACCUGGAAGACUCAAUCCAGCAUGACCAUGGUCAGGAAGAUUGGAUGCUAUGCAACUAUGAACAAGAAGAUCUAUGCAAUGGGUGGAGGCUCUUAUGGGAAACUCUAUGAGUCAGUGGAGUGUUAUGACCCGAAGACACAGCAAUGGACAGCAAUCUGCCCUCUCAAGGAAAGAAGGUUUGGAGCAGUGGCCUGUGGUGUUGGACAGGAGCUGUAUGUGUUCGGUGGGGUGAGGAGCCGAGAGACAGACGACCCCCAGACCAGCGAGAUGCUGACCUGUAAAUCUGAAUUCUACCACGAUGAGUUCAAGAGGUGGAUGUAUCUGGAUGACCAGAAUCUGUGCAUUCCAACCAGUUCGUCCUUCGUCUAUGGAGCAGUACCUAUUGGUGCCAGUAUCUAUGUGGUUGGUGAUCUAGAUACAGGUACCAGCUAUGACUACGUGCGGGAGUUCCGGAGGAGUACGGGCACGUGGCACCGGACCAAGCCCCUGCUGCCCUCCGACCUGCGCCGGACCGGCUGCGCCGCCCUCCGCAUCGCCAACUGCAAGCUGUUCCGGCUGCAGCUCCAGCAGGGCCUGUUCCGCAUCCGGGUGCCCUCCACGUAGGCACCCCAAGGCCGCCGCCUUCGUCAACCGGGAGGGAACAAGAUCACCAACGGCAACGAAGCUUCACGCAAGGCAUUCGAACCAGUAUUACUUGUCAACGAGCGACAUAACGAAAAACCACAAUGCUUUGCUCUGGUGUCACUAAGGAAAUGCAGUGACUGUGGCGAAUGCUUAAAUCUUCAGACAACCUAGUACGACUAAGUCAUUUGCGAUACUUUAUUGAGAAAGGAAAGCACUAGUCAGGGGGUGAUACUUUAUUUGAGGGUUUGCCACAGGUAAAACCGACUAAAGGAGAUCUUUUGUUGUUAUUUUCAGUGGUCUCUGCACUUACUAAUCUGAGGUGUGUUUUAACAAGUGACCGUUCUUCAUCACCAAUUUUACUAAAGGAGGAAUAGUUUGAUUAUGCAACAUGUAUUAGUGUUACCUACCAAUUCUUUGCCUAGGUGAAAAAGUUCCAUAGUGGUGUUAGUCCUGUAUUUGACUUGUAAUUGUUACUGCAGCUGUGUCCAGGUUUGUAAUGGGGUUAUUUUCUUAAGUGGCAGAUUGACAAGUUUUAUAGUUGAACUACUAUAUUUAAAAGAAGCUGGAUCAUGUUCAAAGCAUUUACUUGAGCGAAAAUCCAAAUAUUAGUUCUUCCUGAGAAAGAAUGACACAUAGGUACUCCCAACAGAGAAUGACAUGCAGCUGUGUGUUGAGGUUCUGAGCUUUGUGUCUUUUGUUCCGUUGAUUAUGUCCUGUCAGGGGACAUGCGGUACUCUUAUCGCCAUGAAAUGCAUUAAUUGGGAAUUUUACAUUUAAAGACAUGCUUGCCAUGCUCUUCAUUCCAGUCCCAGCUGGAAGAGUAAGAAGUAGUGGAUGCUAUAAAAAAAAAGGUAAAGGGAACUCUUUCAGGGAGAGAAAAUGUAAUCUUGAAAUGGUGCCUUUAAAACAAAGGGUUUUAAUGCAUGUUCAUUCCAUGUUCAUUCCAUGAAGAUAGGCACAAUAUUUAGUGAAAUGGAUGUCUGCUGUGUCGAUUCUGAGGAUCAAUGUUGUGGGUCCUUAGCCAGGUCUGCUGCUGUCUGGGCCAUCUCCGGGCGCUGGUUAUGACUCAGGUAGCAGUUACAGGAUUGUCAGUAUGCAAAGAAUGGACUGUUCAUUUCAAACACUACCACUUCAAUCUCGGCAUUGAGCUUCUGCCAACACCAUCAUGGCCCUGCUGGAAUAUUGUAAGGAAGCAAGUCUGAAGCAUGGAUCCACUUGCAAAGCCAGGGUGCUUUCUUCAUGAUUGUAGCAAUUCCCUGAUGCCAGUUUUUAAAUGAAGUGGCAUUGCAGGGAGCAGCAGUUUAUUGCAGGUGCCUGGAUUUAAAAUCAUUAUCCAAUCCAGCGGGUUUAGAGGCAGUCCACUGCCAGACUGACUUUAUCGGUUCACUUUGUAAGGAUGGUUAAUGCCUAGAUUAUUACUUGCAUGUGGACUGAAAGCUCAUUGAUACUAUAAUUUUGAGAUUUAGUAUUUUAGUGUAGUUGCUGUGAGUACAUAUCUGAAUAAAAAUAAAAAUUGAAAAGUGCAGUCAUAUGCAUUUCAAAACAUAUUUUGUCUAAUUUACAGCUCUGUCAAGAUGGCAGACCUAAGCUUGGGACUUCUGUAGUUUUUUGGUGGCAUUCAGAAGCUUGCACAAGAUAUUGAAUUAAGGAUAACCUCAAAUGAGGUGGUACGUCAUAUAUUCAAGUCCUUUGAGCCACUUUGUUCAGAGAGUCAAACUAAUGGGAAUCUUUUUAUAUAACUUGAAAUAAGUAUAACUUGGUUUUGGAUGCUUGCAAGCUAUUUCCUGCAAAAGGGGACCUGAGCACGGCAUAUUCAAGUUUUACUUAGGAUUCAUUUCCAGAAAGGGAGCUUUUUGUACAUCUGCAUGCAUGUUUUUUUGUUCAAGAGUAAGCUUUAGUUCCCAGUGCCCUAGCAUAAUAACUGUUUAUUUUAAUGCAUUGAAUUAUAAGUGAGUCUGUAAUAAUGCCUUAUUUUUAUUUAUUGGGUAGUUAAAAAUACAGUGCUAUCUUAACAUGAUGGCCUUUAACUAUAACUCUUUCAGUUUUACAGUUCUGAUGGAUAAAAAAACUGAAUUUUUGUUAUUGGGGCAGAUGCUGUGAAUGCAGCCGGCCUCCGGGAAAUCAGAAACCUGCUUAUACAAUCUUCGGAGAUUGUGAAAAAUUGUUAAAGAAGCCAGAUAAUUCUAGGAAGUUCCAAGACCUCAAGUCAAGUUUCUAGCCCAUGUAACAAACUCUGCAAAUAAAGCAACUCUGUGAUCAGAAAAUAAGGCUUCUUUUGAAAGUAAUGUCCCAUGAUUGUCAUCCUGUUUGUUUGGACUGUACUAUCCUUCAGUCCUCUGCAUCAGCAAACAGCGAGCUAACUGCAGCAGUACAGCCUUUGACGCACAUUGAGUACAGAACUCACAACUAUGCUCUAAAAUCUAAGUGACUUAAAACAAGUUAAUUUGUUAUAGCUAAAGCUGAUGCAAAGAGGGACACCUGAAAAGAUGCUUGCUAAUGUUUUUUUUUUUCAUGGCACGGGUCUCUCGAGCUCAACAGUGUCAUGUGUUGAAGUGUUUAGUUUGAGACUGUGCCAGUCUUUGAGAUGACGCGCGUGUUUGUCUCUGCCUUUUAAAUAGAGCAGGAGCAGAAGGCGAGCACACAAGCGCACAAAGGCAGUGUCUCACUUUACCUUGGGGAAGGAAAAUGAAGGGGUUGGUCCUAAAACCGUGGUGAUGUAAAGUCUAGGCUGAGUCCCCAGUGAAAAGCAUUGAAGCAAUUUAAAUAUUUUUGUUGCAAACAAUAUCCAUUGUCCAAUUGUAUAGGAGGAUCAUGAAUAACAAUAAUAGGUUAUUACGAAUUUAUUUUAUGUUAGCUCAAGAGUCAAGAAAGCACAACUUGAAUGUUUACAGGACUCAAAGACGUAGGGUUCUCUUGUUUUUUUCUUUCUGACCUCAUUUACAGUAUGUUCUUCUUUUAAUCUUCCAGAGCUGUUAUUAGUUUAAUUAAAUUGUUAAUUCUUCUUUGCCCAGUUUUGGAAUUAACCUCCCAAAACAAAAUUGAUAUGUCGGCACAGUACUUAGAGAUGCACAAAACAUAAGUUUUCUGUGUAGUGAUGGGAGUAUUUUAUUCAGAGUAUGCUGUCUCAUCCAUUUUGUACUUCAUUUGUUGGUUUUCUUCUUGAACUGUUGCAAGUAUUUUGGUAAUAUACCAUUAACAUAACUGUCAUCUUUAUUAAAGAUAAAGAUUUUAAAAUUUUCCUUUAAAAAGCAUUAGUUACCCUCAUGAGGUAAUGUGUUGUAGUGUUUCUGUGUUUAUAUUUUUAUGGAAAAGGAACAGCCGGUGAACGGAGUGUCAGUGAUUCCUCAGAGGUAGGAAAGGAAUUGAGAUACACCUGAUCCUCCUGUUUCAUGUGCUCUUUGAGCAGGUUCUUUGGAAGAGUGCUUCAACCUUUCAGUGUCUGUUCUCUUCAAUCUGUGCAUAUUUUUUUCUGUAGCAGUUUGUAACUGCAGUAGUGCUCAAGAGACUAAGAAGUCAAAGAAUAUUAAUGUUCUAAAAAAGGAGCAAUCAUGUGCAGUAGCAUGUGUCCAGCAAGCUCUGUUUGAGACAUCAUAACACAUUCAGCUACAGAAUUAAAAAGUUGCAGUAAAAUGGACUGAAAAAUUGACAUUUUACCAUCCUAUGUCCUUAGUUCUGUUUUGGUGACAGUUUCUUCUCAGCAGAGACAUAGCCCUUAAAACACAUGACAUCUACCCAAUAAUGAGACAUCAAAAACCUUUCAGGUUGUGUUUGCUGUUCUGAACAUUCGUGAACAGUUUCUUCUAAUCUUUAUUGAAGGUUUUUUUUUGUGACACUUUAUUUGACAGAGGUGAACACCAUAGCGUAGUACAUUAACAGACCCUGGAGGCAUUAAAGCAGGGUUUGUUACUGAUGUUUGUUACAUAGAGAGACUCAGGCAAUCUUCAGGCAAUUUCUAAAACAACCUUUUGUGAACAUCAGACAGAUAUGACCCUCUUUUGUUUUUCCUUUUUGGCCUAGCCAGGAUUGCACAACGGUUUGUUUGAGAAAAAAAGUAUAUUUGGGUCAGAAGAGUCGAGCGAAUGUCUCAGCACCAUCACCAGUUUCUCUUUUAACGAGAACUAGAACGACCAGGAAGCUUUAUAGAAAAACAUGCUAAAUUUGCAUAAUACUAUUUUUCUGAGAAGCAAAAGGAUUUAUAGCUACUGUAUUUUUUGUAUCCUUUUAAUCCUGAAAUUUGUAUUUUGGAAAGUACUUAAAGAUUGCUU